AUGCGGUGCUACUGGUUGGCGGCCGCGGUGGCCGGGCUCAGCCUCUGGGCGAGCUGCUGCGUCGAUGAAGCACGGGGCCAGCCCACCAGACAAGACGUCAAUGGCCUCGCCCUCAACUACUACACCAAGAACACCAACUGCACCAGGGCGGAGACGAACAUCCGAAAUUUGGUCCGGGCGGCGUGGGAGCUCGAUCCGUCCAUCACCGCCGCCCUCCUCCGCCUCGUCUACUCCGACUGCUUCGUGACGGGUUGUGACGGUUCGAUUCUGCUGGACGGGGAGCGAUCGGAGAAGAUGGCCGAUCAGAACCAAGGGCUCCGGGGAUUCGAGCUCAUCGACAAUAUCAAGCAGGAGAUGGAGUCGAAGUGCCCUGGAAUCGUCUCUUGCUCUGACAUACUCCAUCUGGCCGCCCGGGACGCGGUCUCCAUGGCCGGAGGGUGGAAUUAUCCGGUUUUCACCGGGAGGAGAGACGGUACCACCUCCAACGUCUCCGACGUCGAUCUGCCGCCGCCGACCAUUUCGUGGGACGACGCCGUCGCAUACUUCAGCUCUCGCAACCUCGACGUGCUCGACCUCGGCACUCUUCUCGGAGCUCACACGAUGGGGGUGGCGAACUGCCAUUACGUCCACUACAGAAUCUACAACUACAACAACACCGGGCUGCCCGACGCCACGAUGGACUGCCGGUUUGCUCGGCAGUUGGCGGCGACGUGCCCGUACAAGCCGAGGCGCAACCGGCCUGAGCCGGCCGUGUUCCUCAACCCGACCACCGGUGCCAGCUACAACUUCUCCAACUCCUACUACGCGAAUGUGUUGAGCAAUGAGGGCGUGCUCGGGAUAGACCAGCAGCUCACCACGUCGAGGGACGGCGUUCGCAUCGCCGAAGAGUACACCCGCAGCUUCAAAGACUUCCGGCGCUUCUUCGCCAACUCAAUGAACCGGAUGGGGAGAAUCGGCGUGCUGACGGGUAAGCUUGGCGAGAUCAGGCCCAACUGCAGGUUCACCCGAGCCAAUUUCCCACAUUAG